AUGCUAACUUUCAAUGACAACAAGGCCGGCAUGAGCGGUUUGGACAAGGAAAAAAUCACAAAAGUUAUCGAAGAGAACACCUCGGCCUCCUAUUCGGAAUUUUCCAAGAAACAACAGUCUAGAAUUGAGGAAAAAGUGCUGGAAAUCAAGAAUCGGUUGAGUACAGCGACGAAAGAAGAACGCCAAGGUGCUGAGCACUUGAUGAAAAAUGUGGAAACAAAACUAGAAAGUCAGCGAGAUUUGAGUCGAGACUGUGUCUGUAUAGAUAUGGAUGCCUAUUUCGCGGCUGUUGAAAUGCGAGAUGAUCCGAAAUUACGGACGAUUCCGAUGGCCGUUGGAUCGGCAGCAAUGCUGAGCACCUCGAACUACUUGGCUCGUCGAUUCGGUGUUCGUGCCGGGAUGCCUGGUUUUAUUUCUAAGAAAUUGUGUCCAAAUCUAACAUUAGUGCCUGGGAAUUAUACAAAAUAUUCGAAAAUUUCCCGCCAAUUCUCGGAAAUUUUCGCCGAAUACGAUGGAGAUGUGGGGAUGAUGUCGUUGGAUGAGGCGUAUAUUGAUUUGACUGAUUAUGUCGCUGCGAGAACGGAAAAAAGAACCCUGAAACGACACCGGUACGGUGGUGAUUGUCCAUGCUGGUUGCCACGUGUCCCAGAUUCAGAAUCUCCAGAAUACUUAGAUUCAGAAGAAUCCGAAUGCCCAAAAUGCUCGAAAACCCGAAAAAUCUACUAUGAUGACGUGGAAUUUGGAAUCGGAAGAGAGGAAAUCGUUCGGGAAAUUCGAUUUCGUGUUGAGCAAAAGACUGGGCUAACGUGCUCGGCUGGAAUUGCAGCCAAUUUUAUGUUGGCUAAAAUUUGCUCGGAUUUUAAUAAGCCAAAUGGACAAUAUGUGCUAGAGAAUGAUCGGGAGAAGAUUCUCGAAUUUUUGAGAGAUUUGCCGAUUCGAAAAGUCGGUGGCAUCGGACGGGUCUCUGAAGCUCAUCUCCAAUCCAUGGACAUCCGAACCGUUGGCGAUAUGCUUCAGAAGGCGUCGCUCUUCCCAUUAUGCUUCUCACAACUGACUCAGGAAUCUUUUUUGAGAACCGCCCUAGGCCUUCCAGGCCGCCCAUCUUCAUCGGAUCCCCGCCGGAAAAGUAUUUCGGUGGAGCGCACAUUUUCACCAACUGCGGAUUUCAAAAUUCUGCUUCUAGAACAUUCGGAAAUCUGCCGAAUGUUGGAAGAGGACAUCCGGAAAUCCGGAGUGACAGGAGGAAAAACGAUAACAUUGAAACUGAAAUUAUCGUCGUUCGACGUGCUAACCAGGUCGUUGACGCCUUCUGAAGCCGUGACGACGUUGGAGGAUAUCCAGAAAUUCUCUCUGGAGCUUCUGGAAAAAGAACGUGGCAAGGAGAUUCGUCUUCUAGGCGUUCGCCUGUCGCAGCUGGUGUUCGAGGAGGAGAAAAAGAGCAAAACGAUCCAAGACUUCUGGAACGAUGCCAAGUUGAAAAUUCAGAAUUCAGAAGACGUGACAUCGUCUCCAGAUGACAUCAUCGAAAUGGAAACCCGAAAAUGUCCGAUUUGUGGUGAUGAAGUGGAAACUGGCGGAGGACGUCUUCUAGAGUUUCUGAAUCGCCACGUGGAUGAAUGUAUUCUGAAAAUGAGUCAAGAAGACGUCGAAACGCCAGACUUGAUAUGUAUUUCGGUGGAGAAAAAUACAGAGAAGAAUAAGAAGAGAAAUUUGAAUUUUCAAAAAUCUCAAAAUUCAAAUUUGGCGCCGCCUAAAAAGCGAAAAAUCCAAGAGAAGAAUCAGAUGGGGACGACGAAGAAAGUGGCGACAAUCGACUCGUUUUGGAAGAAAAAGAAUUGA